UCUCACAUAUAGGAAUAGGAUGGUCCUCUAUAUAUAUGUACUCCAGAUGACAUGCCUGGCCAGCUAGACUAGCAGGUACUACUUAUAGUUGCCCGCCAUGGCUAUUGGUAUUCCUCCUCUCAACAAAUGGAGCAGCAAGCACCUUGUAGUCGCAGGUAGCACAGGAACCCUGGUCGUCAUCGCCAUAGCGGCCGUCAUCAUCAUCAGCCUAUCGCCGCCGCAAGUCUUCUUCUCCAUCCAGGAUGCGAAGCUGCUAGAUGGGCGGUACAAGGAGCAAAAAUUCUACACCUUCAGCCUCUCAGCCAACAACACCAGCCGGCGCAUGCAGACGCACUACACCAACGUUGACGCCGUGAUAUGGAUAGAUCCGACUAAGUGGUAUCCCGCCGAGGUGAACAUGAGCGGGUUCCAGUUCCAGCAGUACGUCCAGCCGCCACGGAAUGUGACCAAGGUGCCAUGGCGCGCCCAGUGGGCGCAGUAUGAUAACCCGACGGAGGGCGGCGGUGGCAGCGCUGGGCACUGGCCCAACUGCACGGUGGUGGUGAUGGCCAAGGUGUGGUUCGAGGUGGGGCUGGCCAGCACACGGUCGUACCACAUCAGGGUGUCCUGCUUCCCAGUGAACUUCAUCAACCAGAGUCAGACUCCCUACACCAACUGUACCUACUGACUGAUCUCCAUAUAUAGCAGCUGGAUCUGGAUGGAUGCAUCUCUCUAUCACCUUGUAAUUCUUGUGUGUGUUGCGUGCUAUAAAUCGACUUCGUUCUUGACUGGCUC